CACCAUGAAUCGUCUGGCCAUUCUCAGAAUCGUCAAGUAAGACCACACACAGCCAUUCAUAGAUAAGCCAUUCUAUAGCCUAUACGAGAGAUAAAAUCCAGGAGUACGAUAAAGGCGUGACGUGAAUCGAGUUAAAUCAGGUCCUCACAGGUUACUUCUUAUACACUAACUCUAAAAUUUAUUUAAAGUUCGUGUCCUUCUGUCUCGUUAAGACGUACAUUCCGAGUUGGAAGUGGUAAAAUAUGGAAUGUUUCACACCAGAAGAAUCCGAAUUCUUGAAAAUUGUUUAUUUGAAAGUAACACCGAAUGAUAAACCUUUAGAUGAAUUUUUUCUUUAUGAUAUUUAUGAGGAAAGUAUAGUUUUGGACUACCCCGAUAAGCUUAAAGAACUUCUUGAACUUGCGAAUGGAAUGAAAUUGGACUUUCUACAGUUAUUCAAAAAUAAGCCGCACAUGAAUGCUGAUCUAUCUCACAAUUCUUUGAUACGCAAUCCCAGAAUUUACAUACUGAUUACUGACUUUGGUGGAUUGAACGAAUAUAACAGUCGCUUGUGUGGAUCAUAUUUACUUGGGGCUGCAGACCAACAGUUAAUGUGAGAGAUGAAAUACGUGAUAUAUACUGUGUUGGGGAGGUAAUCGAUGCUUCAUUAAGAUUUAGAUCAUACCAACUCUUCUGUCUCUACCUUCACUACAGGUAUGGAAUAAGUCAUCCCCCUUUCUAUUACGAACUUGUUUUUCGAAUUCUGUGGAGCUCCAUUCCGGACCCCUACAUCACCAUGGAGGAGUUCACCAGAAGCUUUAACUGGGCGAAACCACAGACCUUUCGGAAAGCCAUGAAAGCCUGGGACUGGUACUGCAAAUUGGUGAGAGAUCCUGACAGUCAGGGGAAGUGUCCAAGAUCAUUGCAGCAUCUGUCCAAGUGUAUCAUUAGACGCCAGCUGAAGGAGUGCUUUCAACUGCCCAAGGGAGUCGAAUGGUUGGACAUUCCCAAAUGUCUGAAGCAAUAUUUGCUUCUAAGAGACGUUUAAAUUGAACUCCAGAACGAAAAAAACAUCUCAGAGCAGUUCUUCUGUUGGAUCUAAAUGUAGAAUAUAGAAGAUCUAAUAAAGUUAUUAUUAUCAUCA